AUGUUAGAGGUAGAUUUCUUACCACAGAACAAUGUGUACUCCCCCCUCCCCCCUCCCCCCAACCCAUCUCCGGUUGAUGCGUGUGGCACAGUUUGGGUGAGAUGCACGUUGCUCACUCGUAAACACAAAUAUUCCGAUAAACCAGUCUUUGGGUACUUUUGUAAACAUCGGCAUUACAACGUAAGAGAUUGGUCGAGUUAGUCUUAGUUUACGCUUAAUUUGAUGCAUAACUCUAUCACACACAAAAUUGCUGAAAUAUAAGAAGAAGGUAGGGUAGAAGUGUUUGAUCAAUUUCUUACGAGUAUUUUUCUUCAAGUAUUGUGUAAAUAACCAUCUUCAUUAUUAAUAACUGUAUUUAUUAUAUUGCGAGGUAGUCCUGAGGUAAAUCCCAGCAUCCUGAGUGGUUCUUACUUGUUCUGUAUUUCCCCAAACGGACCAUUUCCACAGGAACAGUCGUGAGCGAUGUGCUUUUGUCGUUUAAGCCAGCAAAUUAAAACUAAACAAGUUAGCUCCAAGAGCCAUAUUUUACACUACUUAUUAACCUUGCUUGCUUGAGCUGUACGAGGGAAUAUUGGCCCUCUGUCAUAUUUGUACAGACCUUGCUGCACCUGGUCUAUUCUGUCACAGCCAGGGGCCAAUAUACCCCAGAGCAGCCCUAAUGCUCGGUUAGUAAGAAAUAAUUGUUUGAAGUAACUUAUUUAAUCUUUUAUUUUCAUUGCUUGACAGUUUUCCUAAUUUCAUGAAUGUUCUGAAUGACUUCUUAGCUCAACGACAUGCAAUGGAUUAUUAAAUGAUUUUUUUGGUCAUUGUAGUCCACACCCAGAUAUAUGGCACAGGUAGAAUGCAGAAAUUCCUCUCCAAAGACUUCAAAAGCAUUUAUGAAGAUGUGCUCAUGGCACCUGGAUUUACCCAUGAUCCUUUUGCUGGUGUCAAGGACAACAGUGACAUCUUCUAUGGUUGGCACCAGUACUACUCUGAUACUGAUUGUAUCUGGAUGGCCAUUGAAUACCAUCCGGCAUGA